UUGUACUACUUUCUUCACGCACACUGACUAUGGAGGCAAAACUAAAAGCACUUAAGGUUGUCGAAUUGAAGGAGCUUUUGAACGAAGCAAAAGUUCCCAUUCCGGCCAAGGCGAACAAACCGGACCUCAUUGCAAAGAUAAUCGACACAGAAGCGGCUAGCUCACUUUUCCAAGUUAAAUAUGGCGAUGCAAGUGGGCGGCCGUCAGGUGCGAGCACGCCUGUUCCCGUAGCAGGGGCAGCACGGACAGUCGUGGAAAAAGGAACAACGGAGGCGCAGCGCGUUGCAGAGCCAGCAAAGGAGUCGAACAUCCUUGCGCCACCCGAACCGUUCGACUGGUCGGCUGGAGCGGAACCAUCGGCGGAAACUACUGCGAAAUCAACUUCGGUAUCUGCUCCAAGCGUGACUGCAAAGCCAUCAAGCUCAAAUGCGGCUGCGUCUGCUGCUGCAUCCACAGCAAACCCGCAGUCACAGGCUGCGCCAUCCCAGUCUCCUGCUGACGAGGAUGAAGAAACAAAGAAACGUCAGGCUCGAGCAGAACGCUUUGGCCUCCCUCUCAUUGAAAAACCUGUGGCACCGAAGGCGAAGAAAUCAGCGAAGGCAGCAGCUAAUAAACCAACCAUUGCUGCGACAAUCGGAUCAGGUGCAAAGAAGGCAGCAGUAAACAGUACCGACGUAGUCGAAGAGGAUCCAGAGAAAUUGAAGACGCGUGCCAUGAGAUUCGGGCUCGUCGAUAAAGUGACACCGAAUAAAUCUGCAGCUUCAUCCAAUGGCAAAAAGCGGACGGCGCCCGUGGAACAAGUUGAUGCAGAGGAGGCAGAACGACGACGUAAACGAGCAGAGCGCUUCGGACUACCUGUGAAGGCCUGACUGAUAUCCUUACCUCCGCCGGAUUCUGUUCUGUUCUCCUGAGCGUGUGUGCUAUGUAUAUAUAGAUUCGAGUCAUAUCCCAUCCGC